ACCAAAAGAGGUUUAGCUAAAUUGUUCUCUUUUUGGUCAAAAAUAAUGGCAGGAGAAGGAACUCUUUUUGCUCUAAUCCACAACUCCGCCCAGUACGUCGAUAACUCUGUGGUAUAUUUCAAUUUCUAUACAAAUGUUUAUAUAAUAUAUUUAGUACUAUAAGUUUAUCAUUGGUUCUUUCAUCGUAUUCAUGUUGAAAACAUUUGAAUUACAACCAUAUUAUAUAGUGAAAUUUAGUGCUUCGCUUUUGGCUGUCGGUUCCCUGGUUUUUCAUGUCGCCGGCCCUGUGAACGUGUAUCUAUCUGUAUUAGCAAUGUUUUAGAGAAGGCAUACUUCUAUAUUUUUAGUCCUCUAAUCAUGGUUUUGUCAAUACGUAUUAAAUAAAGACCCCAGCUUCGGUGGAAAAAGCAGCUCCUUAAAUUUCCAACAAGAAACCAAUUAAUGAAAAGAAAAUGAAAAUAGUAAGCUAAGGCAAUUGUCACAUAUAAUUUGGAUAUGCCAAAUUUGUAUAGUCAAAUGAAUAACUUAGUAUUUGGGAAGAGUGUAGAUUCAAGAGAAUUUAAUGAAGAAUCUCUUAUCUGUUAAACUUAGAUAUUAGGUUUAGAAUCUUUUUAGACUUUCGGAAAAAGGAAGUCUCAUGUGCCUCACAUGUGAAUGUGAUGCCCCUCUAUUCUAACUAUGCAAGUAUUAGUAUAUAUGUAGUACAUUCGCACACAAAAGGAGUUGGAAAGACGUCACGGAGUUAUCAUCGAUCAUUUUGCGGAGGAAAAAUGGCGUCGAGAUCAGGUUUUCUCACGGACUGGCCAUGGACUCCUCUUGGAAGCUUUAAGUACAUAGUGUUGGCCCCGCUUGUUAUCGACAGCAUCUACUCAUAUGCAACCAUGCGAGAUCACGAGAAACUUAUGAUAGUGGCAUUGGCGGUGUGGCGGAUUGUUCAUAGCCAAAUAUGGAUAAGUUUCUCCCGUUACCAAACCGCAAAAGGAACCAAGCGGAUCGUGAACAAGUCCAUAGAGUUUGAUCAAGUUGACCGAGAACAAACCUGGGACGAUCAGAUCAUCUUCAACUCUCUCAUUCUUUACUUAACCAAACUGUACGUCUUAGGGACCAAUACCAUUUCCUUCUGGCGAACCGAUGGAUUGAUCUUAGUCGCUCUCCUCCAUGCUGGUCCGGUCGAGUUCAUCUACUAUUGGUUCCACCGAGCACUUCACCACCACUUCCUCUACUCUCGCUACCAUUCUCACCACCACUCUUCCAUUGUCACCGAGCCAAUCACUUCGGUAGUACAUCCGUUUGCGGAGCACAUUGGAUAUACGUUAAUCUUGGGGCUACCUCUAACAAUGACUUUGCUAUGCGGCACGGUCUCGGCUGUCUCCAUUCUCAUAUAUGCAACUUACAUAGAUUUUAUGAACAAUAUGGGUCACUGCAACUUCGAGCUCAUUCCGAGAUCUCUCUUCUCCAUUUUACCUCCUCUUAAGUUCCUUUGCUACACUCCCUCGUUUCACUCGCUCCACCACACACAAUUCAGGACAAACUACUCUCUAUUCAUGCCAAUGUACGACUACAUCUAUGGGACUACCGACGAGUGCAGUGACUCAUUGUACGAAACAUCGUUGGAGAAAGAAGAAGAUAAGCCUGACGCGAUUCAUCUGACCCAUCUAACAUCACUGGACUCUAUUUACCAUCUCCGGCUCGGCUUGGCUUCCCUCUCCUUGCACCCGCUCUCUUCCCAGUGUUACCUAUUCAUCAUGAUGAAGCCCUUCACUCAUAUCAUCUCCUUCAUUCUCACUUCAUUCUCUUUUCCAACCUUCGUCUUCGAGAGAAACCGCUUCCGUGAUCUCACACUUCACUCCCACCUUCUUCCCAAGUUCUCCUCUCAUUACAUGUCGCAGCAGCAGAAAGAAUGUAUCAACAAAAUGAUAGAGGCGGCUAUUCUUGAAGCGGAGAAGAAGGGUGUGAAAGUAAUGAGUUUGGGGCUAUUGAACCAGGGAGAAGAAUUAAAUGGGUAUGGAGAAAUGUACGUGAGGAAGCAUCCAAAGCUAAAGAUAAGGAUAGUGGACGGAAGCAGUCUUGCAGCUGAGGUGGUGCUUCAUAGCAUUCCUGUUGGGACCAACGAGGUUCUCUUUAGAGGCCAAAUCACAAAAGUUGCUCGUGCCAUUGUCUUUUCUCUUUGCCAAAAUGCCAUCAAGGUGAUGGUCUUACGCAAGGAAGAGCAUUCCAUGUUCGCCGAAUUCUUGGACGAUAAUUGUAAGGAAAAUCUGGUGCUCACAACCAAUUACUAUCCAAUGAUUUGGUUGGUGGGAGAUGGGCUAAGCAAAAAAGAGCAGAAGAUGGCAAAAGAAAGAACUCUCUUUCUUCCUUUCUCUCAAUUUCCUCCUACCAAACUACGAAAAGACUGCUUUUACCAUACCACUCCGGCUAUGAUCAUCCCGCACGCUGCCCAUAACAUUGAUUCUUGUGAGAAUUGGCUGGGGAGGAGAGUGAUGAGCGCAUGGAGAGUUGGUGGGAUAGUGCAUGCGCUUGAAGGGUGGGAGGAACACGAGUGCGGUUUCGAAUCAAUCAUUAAUCCUCCUAGAGUUUGGGAUGCUGCUCUUCGAAAUGGUUUCCAACCCCUACUUCUCCCAUCUUUAGAGACCUAAGGGGUUCAACAACCACGUUAUCAACCGCGUCAAGAAGAAUCAUCCCGACUUGAAGUUCCAACCACUCCCAUAAUCUCCUCCACUGCUUGAAAUACUUCUGUACAAAACAUUUUAAUCUGGUUUUCUCUAUAAAGACAAAUAAGAACGAUACUGAUAUUAAAAAAAAAAAAA